GUUGGGCGGAGCGGGGCGGCCCGGGCCGGGGUGCGGGCGGGAUCGGGGCCGCUGCGGGCCUGGUUCGGCCGGGCCGGGUUCGGUUGGGAACCAUGGCGAGCUCGGAGCGCAGCGCGCUGCUCACCUACCGGCUGUGCGGAGGAUCCGGAGAAGACGAGCGGGGCCGGGAACGUGGCCGGGCCGCCGCCGCCGCCACCCCCCGCAAGCUGCCCACGUUCCUGGGCGUAGUGGUGCCCACGCUGCUCUCCAUGUUCAGCGUCGUCCUUUUCCUGCGUCUCGGGUUCGUGGUGGGCCAUGCUGGCUUGUACCAAGCUCUGGCCAUGUUUGCGGUAGCCUACUUUAUCAUCGGCAUGACGGUGCUGUCGGUGUGUGCCAUUGCCACCAAUGGGGCACUGGAUGCUGGAGGAGCCUAUUACAUGAUCAGUCGUGCACUGGGCCCGGAGUUUGGGGGCAGCAUUGGUAUCAUGUUUUUCCUGGCCAAUGUGUGUGGCAGUGCCCUCUACGUGCUGGGGCUGGUGGAGGCAGUGGUGGACAGCUUCGGGAUCCCGCCAGGGCAGGAAGUGGGUUCAGGCAUCCACGUCCUCCCUCAGAGCUAUUGGUAUGAGCUGCUCUACGGCACCAUCCUGCUGGCCCUGUGCCUCGUCGUGUGCCUGGUGGGUGCCUCCAUCUAUGCCAAAGCCACCUUCCUCAUCUUCCUCAUCGUGGCGGGUGUGCUGGGCACCAUCCUCGUCAGCUUCUUUGCCACGCGGCCCCUCGGUGUGCCCAUCCGCAUGCCGUACCUCAACAGCACGGAGACUGAGAACGGCAGCUUCACGGGCUUCUCACUUGCCACUCUGCGAGAAAACCUGGGCGGUGGGUACGGAGUGGACUACACCACGGGGCAGAUGAUGAGUUUCAGCACUGUCUUCGCAGUGAUGUUCAAUGGCUGCACUGGCAUCAUGGCAGGCUCCAACAUGUCAGGGGACUUGAAACGCCCGAGCUACUCCAUCCCACGGGGCACCAUCUCUGCUGUGCUCUUCACCUACCUCGUCUACAACCUGCUGGCUUUCCUCAUGUGUGCCACCUGCAACAGGACCCUCCUGCAGAAAGAUUAUGGCUUCCUGCGUGACAUCAGUAUCUUCCCACCUCUGGUGACAGUGGGCAUCUACGCUGCCACGCUCUCCGCAGCCAUGAGCAACCUCAUCGGGGCAUCCCGCAUCCUUUAUGCUCUGGCACGGGAUGAUCUCUUUGGCCGGGCGCUGGCGCUUGCCAAGAAGACAUCUGCAAGUGGGAACCCCAUCAUGGCAGUCAUCCUCUCCUGGCUGGUGGUGCAGCUGGUGCUCUUCUCUGGGAAGCUCAACACCAUUGCAGGGGUUGUCACUACCUUCUUCCUGUUGGUCUAUGCCACUGUCAACCUGGCCUGCCUGGCAUUGGAGUGGGCAUCGGCCCCCAACUUCAGACCCACCUUUCGCUACUUCACCUGGCACACGUGCCUGCUGGGCAUUGCUGGCUGCUGUGUCAUGAUGUUCCUCAUCAGCCCCGUGUCGGCCUCGGCAAGUCUGGGCUUCCUCCUCAUCCUCCUCCUUGCCCUCCACUACCUCUCUCCCAGCAGCACAUGGGGCUAUAUCAGCCAGGCUCUCAUCUUCCACCAGGUGCGGAAGUACUUGUUGAUGCUGGAUGUGCGGAAGGACCAUGUCAAGUUCUGGCGCCCACAGAUGCUGCUGAUGGUGCAGAACCCGAGGGGCAGUGCCCGCCUCAUUGAUUUUGUCAAUGACCUCAAGAAGAGUGGCCUUUAUGUCCUGGGCCAUGUGGAGCUACAAGACUUAGACACACUCCCCUCAGACCCACUGCAGCCCCAGCAGGACUCAUGGCUGAGCUUGGUGGACAAGCUGAAUGUCAAGGCCUUCAUCAGCCUCACCCUCGCACCCUCAGUGCGGCACGGCGUCCGGCAGCUCCUCUUCACCUCUGGCCUUGGCGGCAUGCGCCCCAACACACUGGUGCUGGGCUUCUACGAUGACGCAGCACCACAGGACAGCCUGGCCCAGCACCCUGCGUUCACCAGCAGCCGUGAGGAGCUGCCCCUGGGCUUCCCCCCAUUGCGGGCCGCCACUGCCCCCAAGCUGCUGUCUCCACGCGAGUACGUAGGCAUCGUGGCUGACGCCCUGAAGAUGCUCCGCAACGUCCUGCUGGUCCGGAACCUGGAGAGCCUGGACAAGGUGUGGGAGCUGCGCCGGGCCGCCAGCCCUCCACCUUCCAUCCAUGUUUGGCCCGUCAACCUGCUGCGGCCUGACAGCGCCCGCUACGCCGACACGUGCAGCCUUUUCCUGCUGCAGAUGGCCUGCGUGCUCAACAUGGCCCGGGCCUGGCGCCGGGCCCGCCUGCGCCUCUUCCUUUGCGUGGAGGCAGGCGCCAUGCCCCACGCGCAGGAGGACAAGCUGCGCCAGCUCCUCAAGGACCUGCGCAUCCAGGCCCAGAUCCAGCUGGUGCCGUGGGACGGGGUGGUCCGCCUGCACUGGCAGGCCCCACGGGGACCCCCAGGUGGCCCGGCACACACUGAGGACGAAGAGGAGGCGGUGAACUUCCCACCCAACACCACCCAAGUGUCGGAUGAGUAUGUCCGUGCCGCCAACAAGAUGGUGCUGGAGCAGGGCCCGGCGCCUGCCGUCCGCUUCCUCUAUUUGCCUCGGCCUCCAGCUGACACAGGGCUGUACCCCCUGUACCUGCGGCAGCUGGAGCUGCUCACCCGUGACCUUGGCCCUACUGUGCUGGUGCACGGGGUGAGUGCUGUCACCAGCACGCAGCUGUAGGAUUGUCCCCCUGUCCCCUACCCUCCUGCACUCAGUGCCUUACAGCUCUGGGCUGGGCAUGGCUUGGGGGGAGCUGGCCCUAGCCAUGACUCCCAUUUGCAGGCCUUGUUCUAGGGGCUGUGCUGGGAGGAGAGCAGGGGGUUUGGUUUUUUUUUGAGGGGGAGGCACAGCAUUUAAAGCUACCCUGGGCAGGAUCCGGGCACUUAAUGCAUUCACUGUGCCUUUUCUCUGGGGUCCUUGGGGGGUCCCGUUUUGCUACGGGGAGCCCUUUGCCUGCAGCCUUCCUCCCUGUGCUCUCCUCUGCAGGCUCCUCCGGGCACCCAGCCAGCAGCAGGGAUUGAUUAAAGGCAGCCUCGACCUUGGUGCCCCAGC